AUGGAAAAUGAUGAGGCAUUAGUAGGCUUUGGUCUCUAUAAAACACCGCUCUCCAGUGUUGCUCAGAAGAUUAUGUCUGCUAUGCACUCAGUUCAUUUAGUGGAGUCUGAGAAUGUGAGAGAGAGUGAAAAGAGUACAGACAUGCUGAAGAAGUCCAGUGUAAAGUGCUCAGUGGUACGUGGAGAUGGGAAGACUCAGUCGCUGGAAGGAAAGGAGACCAUAGCUGCACGGGGAAUGGAGCGGGAAAGAAAACUUUUCCUGGAAGACAAUAUCAGUGAAAAAGAAAACAGGGAAAGCAUUCAUCUCAAAAGAAAACGUGCUACAUCUGAUAAUUUAUCGGAGAAAACAAGGAAUUAUAUGGUGGCAGAAGAAGAUGAGGAGGUUGAAACCUACCUAAAUUUUGGGAACACAAGUAAAUUUAAAAACCAUUUUUGUGACAUUAGAAAUUUAGAAGAUUGGGAGAAACAGCAGCUGAUUGAAAUGCUCCAGCAGGCGGCCACCCUGGUGGUGACUCUGAUGUAUAAGGAUGGCUCAACCCAGUUAAGACCUGAUCAGGCCAUAGUCUCUACUGUUAAAGGAAUUGUAAUAUUACUAAAGAGCCGAGUGGAAGAACACAGUGGUUCUCUGGAUGCCUCCGUCUCUGAUGGCAUUUUUGAGGAGUUUCCUUCGGAUGAUAGAUAUAUUUACAUAAAAAUAGAACAUUCUUCAAUUUGGAGCCAAGAGCAAGAUACAAAUUUUCAAUUUGUCAGGAAAGUGCUGUUUCAAACCCUGAGAUGUCGAUGCCCUGUUAUUUGUUUUAACGCCAAGGAUUUUGUGAGAACUGUGCUCCAGUUCUUGGGAGGGGACAAUAGCUGGAAGCUCGUUGCUGAUUUUGCAGGGUUGGAUCCUAGAAUAGCUGCCUGGCUUAUCGAUCCCAGUGAUGCUAUGCCUUCUUUUGAAGAUUUAGUGGCAAAAUACUUGGGGAAAUCCAUCACAAUUAAAGUAGACAGCACAUAUGGAAAUUCAUCAGGAAAUACUGUGAAUCAGAACGUGUGUGUGAACCUGAACAUACUCCACAGACUUACGAGGGACCUGUGCUCUCAACUGAAGGUGUAUGGUUUAUGGCAACUCUUUUGUACGUUGGAGCUUCCACUGAUACCAAUUUUGGCAGUGAUGGAAAGCCACCGCAUUCAGAUAAAUAAAGAAGAAAUGGAGAGGACGUCUGCUGUGCUUGGGUCUCGUCUCAAGGAAUUGGAACAAGAAGCUCAUUUCGUGGCUGGAGAACAGUUUCUCGUAACGAGUAACAGUCAGCUCCGUGAGAUUCUCUUCGGCAAGUUAAAGCUGCACCUGCUUUGUGGGAAGAAGACUCUCCCCGGAACGGCGCUGCAGAAGCACCCGUCCACCUCCGAGGCUGUGUUGAAUGUUCUACAAGACCUUCACCCAUUACCCAAGAUCAUUUUGGAAUAUAGGCAGGUUCACAAGAUCAAGUCAACUUUUGUGGAUGGCUUGCUAGCAUGCAUGAAAAAGGGCUUCAUUUCCUCUACAUGGAACCAGACAGGGACCGUGACUGGACGACUUUCAGCGAAGCAUCCCAAUAUCCAGGGCAUCUCCAAGCAUCCAAUCCAAAUUACUAAACCUAGAAAUUGUAAAGGAGCCCACGAGGGGACCCUCACCAUCUGCCCCAGGACCAUGUUUGUCUCGUCUAAAGGCCACACCUUCCUGGCAGCAGACUUUUCGCAGAUUGAAUUGCGCAUUCUCGCACACUUAUCUGAGGAUCCAGAACUUCUGAAGUUGUUCCAGGAAUCGGAGAGCGAUGAUGUAUUUUCUAUCCUGACUUCGCAGUGGAAGAACAUUCCCGUGGCCUGCGUGCAGCAUGUGGACAGAGAGCAGACCAAGAAGGUGGUGUACUCAGUGGUCUACGGAGCAGGGAAGGAGCGUCUCGCCACCUGCCUCGGAGUCACUGUGGAGGACGCUGCCCAGUUUGUGGAGAGUUUCUUGCAGAAAUAUAAGAAAAUCAAGGACUUUGCCCGAGCAACUAUUGCUCAGUGUUACCAGAAAGGGUAUGUCGCGUCCAUCAUGGGCAGGAGGAGACCCCUGCCAAGGAUCCACGCAAAGAACCAGCAGCUCCGGGCACAAGCCGAGCGUCAAGCCGUGAACUUCGUGGUUCAAGGCUCGGCUGCUGACCUCUGCAAGCUGGCCAUGAUCCACAUCUUCGCUGUGGUGGCCUCUUCCCCGACCCUGACAGCCAGGUUGGUGGCCCAGAUUCAUGAUGAGCUCCUAUUUGAGGUGGAAGACUCCCAGGUCCCCGAGUUUGCAGCUCUCGUGAGGGCCACCAUGGAGUCCCUGCAGCACAUCCAGACCCUGGAACUGCAGCUGCAGGUGCCCCUGAGGGUGAACCUGAGUGUGGGCCACACGUGGGGCUGCCUGGCCCCCCUGCAGGAGGCCUUGGGCCCAGCCCAGCCACCCCCACAGUGCUCUGAGCCUCCAGGCAACGCCUUCUCUGGCUCCAUCCUCACGGACCAGCUGAGGCCCGCCACCCCCACCCAGUCAAAUGACCAGAACUGGCCGCAGCCCCCAUUCAAAGAUCUCAGCCCAACAGCCCUGUCUCCAAGGGAUCCCCAAGAUCCCAGAGACCCCGGGGCCUGUGCCUGCCAAGAGGACGUGAGGGCCCUGCUCUCAGUUCCUGGCCUCACCCCUCCUCCAUGGCUUCAGCUGUGCGGCCAGCGCCCCUACCCCCCACCUAGAAGAGCCAGGACACUCACGCUUCCCACCUGGAGCCCCAAGCAAGGCUGGCGGGAGGUGUGGCAGAAGGGGACAGAGGCACGUCCUGGGGGCGACAAGUAG